AUGUCGAUGACCCUUGAAGAAGCACAAGUGCCCCGCGAGCCUAAGCCCGUACCCUCAGGCCCGGACAAUGUUCUCGAGCAAUUCAACCUCAAAGACCGUGUUGUCGUCGUCACAGGUGCCGCCGAAGGCAUCGGCGGUGCCGUCGUAGACUCGAUGGCCGAAGCCGGCGCCAAUGUAGCACUCUGGUACCGCUCCAACGACAAGGCCAUCACGAAAGCCGAAGAGUUGGCAAAGAAGCAUGGAAACAAGUUCAAGGCAUACCAGAUUGAGAUUUCAGAUCCCGAGAAGGUUAAAGAGUUGGUCGCUAAGGUUGUUGAGGAUUUUGGACGGCUGGAUGUCAUGGUUGCAAAUGCUGGUAUGGCCAUCUCGAAGCCCAUCUUGGAGACUAGUGUGGAAGAGUACAAGAAGCAGUUUGCUGUCAACGUUGACGGUGUCUUUUACUGUGCAAAAUAUGCUGGAGAGCAAUUCAAGAAGCAGGGCAAGGGCAAUCUGAUCAUCACAUCGAGCAUCUCGGCACAUAUUGUCAACGUGCCUGUGGACCAGCCUGUAAGUCUUUACCCUCUUCCCACAAUCUCCUGCUCUUUCUCAUACAGAUACUCUAGGNUCUACAACUCUACAAAGGCAGCUAUCACCCACCUAGGCAAGUCUCUAGCCAGGGAAUGGCGCGAGUUUGCUCGUGUGAAUAUCGUCUCACCCGGCUUCUUCAACACCAAGAUGGGCGCAGGCGAAAGCGUCAUCAACGAGGCAUAUCGUAUGACUCCCAUGGGUAGACAGGGCGACGUCCGUGAGAUCAAGGCUCUCUAUCUGUACCUUGCCAGCGACGCUAGCAGCUACCAGACCGGUAGUGAUACUGUGAUCGAUGGAGGCUACAUCUUGCCUUGA